CAGGCAGAGAAGCAACCACACAAGUGCCAAUUUUGUAGCUUUGUAAACCACCACCAAAAUCAUAAUAUCCUCUCCAUCCACAAACCCCUUCUCUUUCACUUUCUCACUCUUUUUCUCUCUUUCCAAACACAAAACAAAACCCUUUUCACCCCUUCAAAUUCCCUAUCUUCCCAUCCCAUUUUCUCAUUAAGGUAAGCACUACUUCUGCACUUUGUUGUUAAUUAAAGAUUUCAACUUUAAUAGAAAUCUUGAAACUCUUUGUCUAAUUUACUCAAUUUACCCGAUAUGGAAUUAUAAAGGGUGUUUUUAGGUUUCUUGUUGGGUUUUGUGAAUGGGGUCCAUGGUGGUUUUAGUAGGUAGUAUGCCAUCUUUGGCUUCCCUUGUUAGUUUAGGAAGCUUGAGUGGGUCUGCAGCUACUUCUAGUUGUGUUGAAUCUUCUUCGUAUUCAGUUGUGAAGAGAGUUUCUUUAUCAAAAAGGAGUCUUAGGAGGGCUAAAAGUUGGCAUUGUGUGUGUAAAUAUUCAGUUACUGCCACUGAUUUCAUUGCUGAGCAAGGCAAUGCUGUAUCACUUGAUUCUAGUAGUAAUGGUGAUGGUAAUGAUGGUGAUAGUGAGGUUGUACUUAAACCUAGUCCAAAGCCCGUGUUAAAAUCGCCGGCUGGUUCCAAGGAUGAAACCCUUUUGAGUAUGAAUUCUGUUGGGUGGGGUUCUUCAAGGGGUAGUGGGGAUUCUGAUGAGGAAGAAGAGAGGAAUAAGGUGAUCGAGUCACUUGAUGAGGUCUUGGAGAAGGCUGGAAAGCUUGAAACUUCAAAACAAAGCCAAGCGGGUGCGAGUGCUGGUAGUAUUAGGAAAGAGAAUGGGAAUGUAAAUAAAAUGACACCAUCUAAUUCAUAUACUGAUUCAAGAAAUGUUAAUUCCACGGCUGCUACUCGUAAAGCUAAAACUUUGAGAAGUGUGUGGCGGAAAGGAGACACGGUGUCUUCAGUGCAGAGGAUUGUCAAGGAAGUUCCGAAGGCUAGUAACAAGUUUAUCAAGGAGGAACCUAAAACAGUAGAAGGGACAAAGCUAGAAUCUCAAUCACGUGUUCCACUGAAACCUCCUCAGCCACCUCUAAGACCUCAACCAAAGUUACAGGCCAAGCCAUCCGCAGCUCCUUCACCUAUCAUUAAGAAACCUGUUGUUUUGAAGGAUGUGGGGGCUGCUCCAAAGUCACCAAUAAAAGAUGAAACAGGCUCAGGUGCUGCACAAAGUAAAGGACAGCCAAUUUUGAUUGACAAAUUCGCUCGCAAGAAACCGGUUGUCGAUCCCGUAAUUGCACAGGCUGUUUUAGCUCCUACUAAACCAGGAAAGGGCCCUGCUCCUGGGAAGUACAGAGACCGAAAGAAAGGUGCUUCACCUGGAACACCAAGAAGGCGGAUGGUGGACAAUGAUGUUGAGAUUCCCGAUGAGGAGCUCAAUGUUUCUAUUCCUGGUGCAGCUACUGCGAGAAAAGGGAGGAAAUGGACCAAAGCCAGUAGGAAGGCGGCUAAGAUCCAGGCUGCCAGAGAGGCAGCUCCUGUCAAAGUAGAGAUUUUGGAGGUUGGGGAAAAAGGCAUGUCAAUCGAAGAGCUAGCCUACAACUUGACCAUGGGUGAAGGUGAAAUUCUUGGGCUUCUGUUCUCAAAGGGGAUUAAGCCUGAUGGGGUGCAAACUUUGGACAAAGAGAUGGUAAAGAUGAUAUGUAAGGAGUAUGAGGUGGAAGUCAUAGAUGCUGAUCCAGUUAGAUUUGAAGAAAUGGCAAAAAAGAACGAGAUUCUUGAUGAAGAUGAUCUGGACAAACUACAAGAGAGGCCUCCUGUGCUUACUAUAAUGGGUCAUGUAGAUCAUGGCAAGACAACCCUGUUGGAUCAUAUUCGUAAAAGCAAGGUGGCUGCCUCAGAAGCUGGUGGGAUUACACAAGGAAUCGGAGCAUAUAAAGUUAUGGUACCUGUGGAUGGCAAGUUGCAACCAUGUGUUUUCCUUGAUACUCCUGGGCAUGAGGCAUUUGGAGCAAUGAGAGCCCGUGGAGCAAGGGUGACUGACAUUGCUAUUAUUGUGGUGGCUGCUGAUGAUGGGAUUCGCCCCCAGACAAAUGAGGCCAUAGCUCAUGCCAAAGCAGCUGGAGUACCCAUUGUGAUUGCGAUAAAUAAGAUAGAUAAAGAUGGAGCUAAUCCAGAAAGAGUUAUGCAAGAGCUUUCUUCAAUUGGCCUCAUGCCGGAGGACUGGGGUGGUGAUGUCCCAAUGGUUCAGAUCAGUGCUCUCAAGGGGGAAAAUAUAGAUGAUUUGUUGGAAACUGUUAUGCUUGUUGCAGAGUUACAAGAAUUGAAGGCUAAUCCGGAUAGAAAUGCAAAGGGUACAGUUAUUGAGGCGGGCCUUGAUAAAUCUAAAGGACCAAUAGGUACUUUUAUUGUACAGAAAGGCACAUUGAAAAGAGGGGAUGUAGUGGUUUGUGGAGAAGCCUUUGGAAAGGUUCGGGCUUUAUUUGAAGGUGGUGGAAAACAGGUUGAUCAAGUGGGACCGUCUAUACCUGUACAGGUUAUUGGUUUGAGUAAUGUACCAAUUGCUGGUGAUGAAUUUGAGGUUGUUGCCUCCCUUGAUAUUGCACGUGAAAAGGCAGAGGCACGUGCAGAAUUAUUAUGGAAUGAACGUAUAUCUGCUAAGGCUGGGGAUGGGAAGGUGACCCUUUCUUCCUUAGCCUCAGCUGUUUCAGCAGGAAAGCUAUCUGGAUUGGACUUGCACCAGCUGAAUAUAAUAAUGAAAGUCGAUCUUCAGGGAUCUAUGGAAGCUGUCAGGCAAGCCUUACAAGUACUCCCUCGAGAUAAUGUGACUUUGAAGUUCCUCUUGCAAGCAACAGGAGAUGUAAGCAACAGUGAUGUUGAUCUUGCUGUUGUGAGUGAAGCCAUUAUUUUAGGAUUCAAUGUCAAAGCUCCUGGUUCUGUAAAAAGUUAUGCAGAGAAAAAAGGUGUCGAGAUUCGGCUAUAUAGAGUUAUCUAUGAACUAAUUGAUGAAGUGCGGAAUGCUAUGGAAGGACUUCUGGAACUUGUUGAGGAACAAGAACCAAUUGGCUCAACAGUAGUCCGGGCAGUAUUUAGCAGCGGCAGUGGUCGUGUUGCUGGAUGCAUGGUGACAGAAGGCAAAGUAAUAAAAGGCUGUGGCAUCAGGGUUGUCAGAAAUAGAAAAACAGUCCAUGUUGGUGUCCUUGAUUCUUUGAGACGUGUUAAGGAAAUAGUGAAGGAGGUAAAUGCUGGACUAGAGUGUGGUAUUGGGGCAGAAGAUUACGAUGACUGGGAGGAAGGUGAUAUUAUUGAGGCCUUCAACACAGUAGAGAAGAAGCGAACCCUUGAAGAGGCAUCAGCUUCCAUGGCAGCUGCAAUGGAAGAAGUAGGCUUAUAGAGUGGCAUGGAGUUUUAAAGCUGAUAUAUCUGGUUCUCAUGAUGGAACCCAAAGCAACACAGGUUGAAUAAUGGUAGCACUAUCGAAUAUGUUGUCUAACAUUGCUUAGUUCAUGGAGUACAGAUCAGUUGCCCUGCAGAUACAAUUUAUUUCAAGAACAGGCACAGAGGAUCAGAUCGGAGCUUUUAGUGAUUUUGUCCAUUGUUGUCUGCUAUUUUGUUGUAUAUAUUGUAACAGAUACCAGAUUUCAGUUACUUUCUGUAAAGGAGAAAUCAUACCAGUUCCUCAAGAUUCAAUGUUCCAAAACAAUGUAACAUUUCUGAAAGAAAUUAAAUUUUUUUUGAA